CCUCUGUGUUCCUCAGAAAGGUGUAUGCCCUCAUCCUCUCCAUAUCUCUGGACUUAACUUGAAUAGUUGCGGAUCUUACUGAAGCUCAUAUGGAGAGCUUGGUGCUGUGACUGAAAACAAUUCUGGAAAACACUGAUUAUUCUAAUCGUUUUGCUUCAUCUUGAUUUUUGUUGCAGACAAAGAAUCUUGAGAAAUGCAGGCUAUUAGAGACCUCAAACACAACUUCAGUAUUCCACCUCCUUCUGCAAUGGCUGGAGCAACAGACUCCUUUCACCAAGGGAACAUCAGGAUAACCCUGGAGGACCCUGAGCUCUGGAAGUCCUUCCAUGAGAUUGGUACUGAGAUGAUCAUCACUAAGCCUGGCAGGAGAAUGUUUCCCCAUUGUAAGAUAAAUAUUUCAGGACUUGUGCCCUAUGCAAAGUACAUCCUCCUGGUGGACAUCGUGCCUGAAGAUGGCUUCAGAUACAAGUGGAAUAAGGAUAAGUGGGAGGUGGCGGGUAAGGCUGAGCCACAGCCACCUUACAGGACCUAUCUGCACCCAGACUCACCAGCUCCAGGAAGCCACUGGAUGAAGCAGUCUGUCUCCUUUCUCAAGCUCAAACUCACCAACAAUGCCCUUGACCAGCAUGGACAUAUCAUCCUACAUUCCAUGCAUCGCUACCAUCCCCGCUUCCACAUUGUGCAGGCUGAUGACCUCUACAGUGUACGUUGGAGUGUGUUCCAGACUUUCACCUUCCCCGAGACCUCCUUUACUGCUGUCACGGCAUACCAGAACACCAAGAUUACCAAGCUGAAAAUCGACAACAACCCCUUUGCUAAGGGAUUCAGAGACGAGGGCAUGAACUCAAAAAGGCGUGCAAACAGAGGUCCAGCUGAUACUGAGCGGCUGGCUAAGAGGCUGAACUCGAUGGUCAGGGACUCGGAUCAAGAUAGCCCACCAGAUUUGCGCCGCUCUUCAUAUGAGGGACUGGCAGAGGCACGAGCUGGAUGCAAGGAGGGCGUUAAAGAGGAGCCGAAUUCUCCAUGGGGAGAAGCAUCUGAUAGGGAAAACAGCCUGGGAAGAGACUCCCCCCUGGGCUCUAAUACUCGAGACAUAUACAGCUCUGAACAGCUUGUGCCAGGACACAGCACAUACCAACCUUACAGAUUUCCUGAUUACAACAAGUCCCCAUCACCAACCUCCUCCAGCAUGAACAGCAGUGCUGGGCGCUCCAGCUUCGAAUCUCGAGUGCCUGACAUAGCUACCGUGCCUGAGCAGGACAGCAAAGUCACUGAUCUGGCUGUCCCACAGUGUCCUCCCCCUGCCACAUCUGGUGUGCAGGACUAUGCUGGGGUGCUGAACGUAGCUGUGGCACAGGGCAAGCCUGGCAUGCUGGGACAUCAUGCACUCUAUGCACCCUACAGCGCUGAUCAGCCCCUGAGCCAGUGGAGCGGGACAAGCUCAGCCCAGUACCCAUCCCACCCACACCAUCAUCACCACUUAGCAGCGGAUUAUGGGACCCAAGCUGUCCAUCACGGCUACCACCAUGCCAACAUGGCUGACUGGAGCCAGUACCCACUCUUCUCAUACUCCUGCUGGUGAUCAGAGAAGCAGGACAAAGUGUGUGGACUCAAGGCUUGUUCAGCCUCCUUGGAGGCAAAGCGGAAAUCAGAAAAGUGCACAAGAAGGUUGGAGAGAGACUGAGAUUAUUCAAACUUGAAGAAAAUAGGGUUGUGUAAAGCAUUUUAGCAAACUAGCUUUUUGUUGAUUUUCUUGAAGAUCUUAUUGUUCACUUCAGUUGCUUCACUUCAAGACAAAACUAGCGCUGACUGCAUGAUGGUCAAAUGGACUGCAUGAUGGUCUAAAAAGAGAUGUAUGUAGCUAGUAAUGUGCUUUCAGUUUCAGAAGUAUUAGCUUCUUGCUUGGCACCCCAAAAGGAUUGGCUUUCAUAGAAAUGGCUGAAAUAUGGGUGUGUUUAUUUAUUUAGUGAAUGGUUUCACUGCUGCUUAAUAUUAUUUUUGUAAAAAAAAAUUUUUUUAAAAAAAAAGGUGUUUGCUGAAAAUGGUACUGUAGAAACUGGAUGUGUGGAAAAAGUAAAUAUUAUGUAAAAGUCAGAUGUUGUGGUUUCUUCUGCAUUGACAAUUCUGUGUGCUCAUUAAUGUAAAUGUGAAGCGUCUUAGUUGCUUGUUAUGUCCUAUUUUUAGGGGGGAAGUGGAGUAGACAGGCAAGUCAGCAGGUAGAGCUGAUGAGAGUAAUUAGAAGGUCUGUGUUACAUCCUUAACUACCUACUCUGAUCUAAGAUCUGAUGGAUCAGAACAUAAGGAACCCGUUUUCUGUUGCAAUAUUUAUGCUUCAUUAGAAAGAUUCAGUCUUUUGCUAGGCAUUUGCAUGAUUUCUCAAUAUUCUGCAGAAGAUUUAUUUGCACAAAUAGGCCACAGCACAUUCUUCUAAAUAUGGACAUGCUAAUGAAAUUAAACUAUUAAAGGGUUCAUCUUUUUUCAAAAAAAAAAAAAAAAAAAAACAGUUACACAAUAUGGUCAUUGUAAAACAAUUCUUUUGCACUCACAAAGAGAAACGUGGUAAACAUAAAUCUCAAGGUAAUAAAGAAUCUGAUGCAACACAUGAUAACCUGAUUAGAAAUUUCAGCACAACUGAAAUAAGAGUGCAUUUUACUUUUUGUCCAAAUAUAAAUUAUUUUACGGUU